AUGUAAAUUAAUUUUUGCACUCCUCAGUUCUUUUUUAAUAUUUCUCAAAAGUUCCCAUUCAUUGUGUAUGAUUUUAGAGAAAAUUAAAACGGUUCCCUAAAAAACAGCAUUCAUAUAACCAAUUUGGAAAGGAUCGAAACAGUUGCAGAUGUUUAAAAACAUUUUCAAUAUCCAGAAUAAAUUUCAGAACAUCAGAAACUCGAAAAAUUAUUCAACAACAGAAAGAGGAAUUAUAAUUUUUUUGUUCCCUUUGAUACAUCAGACAUGUUCAGUUUGAUAUUUAAGCAUAAAGUGAAAAGUGAAGGAUCCCAAACUUCUGAUUAAUUCUAAAUUCCUGCAAAAGAAGUUAUUUAGUUAUGGGAGGAGAUUUCCAAAAUAACACAGAAGAACAACACCCUUCAACGAAAAAAUAGAGCUUAAACAAUGAUUUUGUAAUCAGUUGACGAUGAAAUUGUUGAAGACUCUUAGCAAUAAAAUUUAUUUUAAUAAGGAGUCAAAUAAACGAUUAUAUCAAGUAGAAGACUUCUUGAAUUCCAUGGUAUUAAUUUGGUUGUUAUUGAAAGAAACCACAAUAUCAAGCGGCCCGAAGAUCAAGUACAGAUCAGCUAGCCAACCAUAAAUUAUAGACUAUGGACAUGAGUGUUUCUAUACAAAUUCAUAGAUAUUCGGAAUAACGUUACAGGCUUACCAAGCAUUCUAGAAGGAGAAGAUUAGCCAAAUCUUCAUUCUUUUGGAUCCUAUUCAAAUUAUUUUUACUAAUUAUCCUUUUUUGAACUAUAGUGUUGUAAGAAAUAGGGGAUUCUUGGAUAAAACAUUUCCAAAUGAAAUAAUUGAAAAGAAAUUGUACUUGGGUAGUGGAGAGCAUGCUCAAGACACUGAAAUGCUCAUAGACAUAUUAGGCAUAACUCAUGUUGUAAAUGCGACUGUUGAAAUAUAAAAUUACAGUAACUAAUGUAUAACAAAUCAUUUUUAUGAUAGUAAAGUAUCUGAAAGUAGAAAUAUAUGAUGAGCCUCAUGUUUGCAUCAAACAAUAUUUUGAUUAAGUAUACUAAUUCAUAGAGGAUGCAUUUUAGGAAAAUGGGAAGGUUUUUUAUUUAUUUAUGAGUAGGUCCUGAUACAUUGUGCUUAAGGGAAAUCAAGAUCGGCAUGUUUUACUGUAAUGUAUUUGAUGAGAAAGAAUGAUUGGCCUUUUGAGUAAGCCUAUGAUUUUGUAAGGGAAUGUAGAGAAAUUGUUUGCAUUAAUGAUGGUUUUAUUAAUUAAUUGAUCGAUUGA